AUGUAUCUUGACAGAUACGUAUUUCGACCUCAACAGUAAGGCCGUCUUCAGUGUCUCGUACUUGACUCGACUUGUACAAACCCGUCUUAUGACAAGUGAGUCUUUUGCUGUAAACGGCAAGCUAAGACUUUAUUUUCAGUAAACCUAUCUUUUAAAAAGGGUCCUCCACUGUUCUGUACUCGGUAAAUCUUUUAUUUUUGCAGUACCGUCAAACGGGGUGACUUGGGUUUGCCACAAGUUUUUGUUUUUUUUUACAAUAAAAUAUGCCCAAACAUCGAACUUUUCUUCACGCAUCCCUAGGUUACAUUAUAUUUGUUGUGCCUAGUUGGUAUUUAGGUGAAAAUAUUACUCACUGUUGUUUUUUUUUGUAUUAUUUUGUGAAACAUUUUCGUUAAUUGAAAGUCGAACGUCGUAAAUCGUAAGUUCGUGUAGCAAAUUGAAAAUAAAUUCACUUCUAUUUUUUUCAAAGAAAACUUUGAUGAAGACAGCGGUAGAAGUUAAAAAACUAGGGCUGUGACGAUAUCGAUAAAUCCGAUAAUAUCGAUAAAUAUCGGAUUGAUAUUAUCGAUACGAUAACCGAUAUUUUAAAAUCCGAUAUCGACGAUAAUUGACUCGAUAAUAUCGCCGAUAUGACUAAGGACCCAGUUAACCCAUGUAUUUUAUCUCAAAACGCGACGCUGCGCUCACCAUUGUGGCACGGCCUUAAGGCUACCGCACUACCGUAAAAAUGUCAGAAGUUUGGAAUUAUUUCGUUAAAACCUCCAGCCUUUCCGCGAAGUGCAAAAUAUGUGGCGUGGACGUACCACGGCGUGGUAAUACCACAAAUUUAAAAGUCCACUUACAAAAACACCCGCAAAAGAAUAAAGUGUCAGGAAGUGCAUCGACAUCUCAGGAACAGAAUCCAGUAUCUUCUCCCAGUACCAGGACCAGUUAUGCGGCUGAAGAAAAACCAGCAUCGAAAAUUGAACAAAUGUUCAAGGACGCGCAAUUGUGGUCAGAUGAUGGGCCAAAGAGCCGCGAGAUAAAUGAUGCGAUUGCUUUCAUGAUCGUUAAAGAUUACCAACCUUAUUCGAUCGUCGAAGAUGAAGGUUUCGUCAAUCUUCUUAAGAUUCUGGCUCCGAAGUACAAAAUACCCAAUCGCAAGCUAAUUACCAAAAUUGUCGAUGACAAAUAUUCAAAAGUUGUCGAAUGUGUCAAACAUAAAAUUGAGAAUAAAGAUUUGACAAUUACUGCCGACAUUUGGACGGACUGUCACACGACAAGAAGUUAUUUAGGAGUGACAUGCCCCUAAAGCCCACAGAUUUCUUCGAAUAUCCAAGAAAUUGAUUUGGGUGUUUACAUCCUCAAUGAGCGGCACAGUAGCGCGUAUAUCUUAACAUGCUACGAAGAGACAGUGGGCGAUUU